AUGUUGUAACACUGCUGGCCGCGCUGAGGGUUAGGAUGGGGGCGGAUAUCUGCGGAAGGGACCUCUAUCACGGGAACACCUCGGAGUCUCUCUGAGGGGACCCGUUGUGGAGCGGCACUGGUUCACGCUGGUGAGGCAGGGUGACCAUGGGGAUGUGGGCGUCGCUGGACUCGAUGUGGGACCUGCCGACGGAGAAGCGAAUCUUCGGGGCGGUGUUGCUCUUCUCUUGGGCAGUCUAUCUGUGGGAGACCUUCCUAGCACAGCGGCAGAGAAGAAUAUAUAAAACAACAACUCGUGUACCACCAGAAUUAGGACAGAUUAUGGAUUCUGAAACAUUUGAGAAAUCUCGACUGUAUCAACUGGAUAAAAGUACAUUCAGCUUCUGGUCAGGACUCUAUUCUGAGGUGGAAGGCACUUUUAUUCUUCUCCUUGGAGGAAUCCCUUACCUCUGGAGAGUUUCUGGACGGUUCUGUGGCUAUGCUGGCUUUGGAGCAGAAUAUGAGAUCACUCAAUCCUUGGUGUUUCUGCUGUUGGCCACACUUUUCAGCGCAUUGACUGGUUUGCCGUGGAGUCUGUAUAAUACUUUUGUGAUAGAAGAAAAGCAUGGCUUUAAUCAUCAGACUUUGGAGUUUUUUAUGAAAGAUGCAAUCAAAAAAUUUAUUGUGACUCAGUGUAUUUUAUUGCCUGUAUCUUCCCUUCUGCUAUACAUUAUUAAAAUUGGAGGUGACUAUUUCUUUAUUUAUGCCUGGCUGUUCACAUUAGUUGUUUCUCUGGUUCUUGUCACAAUCUAUGCUGAUUAUAUUGCCCCUUUAUUUGACAAAUUUACACCUCUGCCUGAGGGAAAGCUUAAACAAGAAAUUGAAGUGAUGGCGAGCAGUAUUGACUUUCCUUUGACAAAGGUGUAUGUUGUUGAAGGAUCUAAGCGCUCUUCUCACAGCAAUGCUUAUUUUUAUGGCUUCUUCAAGAACAAGCGGAUAGUUUUGUUUGACACUCUACUGGAAGAGUGCUCUGUGCUAAACAAAGACACCCAGGAGGACAGCGGCCUGGAGCCCCGCAAUGAUGGAGAAGGGGACAGCGAGGAAAUAAAAGCUAAAGCUGAAAAUAAGAAACAAGGAUGUAAAAAUGAAGAGGUGCUGGCUGUACUAGGCCAUGAACUGGGGCAUUGGAAGUUGGGACACACAGUCAAAAAUAUCAUUAUUAGCCAGAUGAAUUCUUUCCUGUGUUUUUUCUUAUUUGCUGUACUAAUCGGCCGAAAGGAACUUUUUGCUGCCUUUGGUUUUUAUGAAAGCCAGCCCACUCUAAUUGGACUAUUGAUCAUCUUUCAGUUUAUUUUUUCACCCUACAAUGAGGUCCUGUCUUUCUGCCUGACCGUCUUAAGCCGCAGAUUUGAGUUUCAAGCUGACGCUUUUGCCAAGAAGCUCGGCAAGGCUAAAGACUUGUAUUCUGCUCUGAUCAAGCUAAACAAAGAUAACUUGGGGUUCCCAGUUUCUGACUGGCUGUUUUCAAUGUGGCAUUACUCUCAUCCUCCACUGCUGGAGAGACUUCAAGCUUUGACAAGUACAAAGCAAGACUGAGACACUCAGGGCCUGUGACUGAGACAUUUCUGACUAUUUCUGUCCUGGCAGCAUGUUCCAGCUCUUGAUGGUUUUAAACUUCUUCUUCUUCUUCUUUUUUUUUUUUUAAGAAAAAUGAUUAAGUAUGAAAAGUCCAGAUUUAAAUACAUUUACUAUCUCAUUUCAAAAAUGAUUUUAAUAAUCCAUUUCUUAAAACAUUGGAUAGAUUUUGAGGCUUGAUGUUUUUAAAGGCAUAGUUUUAUUCAGCAUCCAAUGUAUCAAUUUAUAAAAUUAUUUACAAAAAUGCACAACUCAUUUAUUUAUAGACAAGUGGACUCUGCAUUCAGAGUGUCUGGGAUGGAAUGUUUACAGGAGGAACACCGCUGCUGGGUCCUUUCCACAAUGCAGAAACCGUGGUCCCAAGUCAUUGUGCUUGUAGCUCCAUGCACCAUUUCACCUGGUUCAUUGGGCUUUUUUGUUUGUUUGUUUGUUUUUCUGAGGUAAGGUCUCGCCCUAGCCCAGGCUGACCUGGAAUUCACUAUGUGAUUUCAGAGUGGCCUUGAACUCAUGGCGAUCCUCCUACCUCUGCCUCCCGAGUGCUGGGAUUAAAGGCGUGUGCCGUCACACCUUGCUCAAUCAGUGUUUUAAGUAAGAACAAGUAAUCAUUGACAAGGCUGAUGCUGCUGAAAUGAAAGGUGUUAGACAUGUGCUGUACCACUGUCUCUAAUUUCAGAACUUUGUUUCUUCCUGGUUGCAUACUGAUCAGGAAUUUUCCUUUUUUUUUUUUUUUUUUUUAAAAGACAAAGUCUUACCAUAACCCAAGCAGACCUCAGAAACUCUAUAUAGCACAGGCUGGCCUAAACCUCAUGGCAGUCCUCCCACCUUAGCCUCCCAAGUACUGGGGUUCCAGGUGCAUGCCACCAUGGCCAGAUUAGGGAUGUCUAGUAGUGCUUUGAAAUUUGAAAUUAUGUAGAAGAUGUUUUAAAUCAUUGAGCUUUGUUUUUGCUUUUAAGAAAGUCUCAGUUUUUAUAUUUCUCUCACCUGGUGAGUAUGGUGCCAUUAGGGGCAAACUACUUUUUCUCAUUCAUUUUUUCCUCUCAGCAAGUAAUAAUAGUACAUCCUGUAGCUAAGUAGAAAUCACCGUAUUUCCAGGUUUAAUAAUGUUGAAACUGGUAGAACAUGGAAAGAAGAAAGAACAUUUGGAAAAGUGAAAUAUUGAUGAGUCUGUUAUGAUGUUACAAGGAAAAAUAUAGUUUUCUAUCUCUUUUAA